CGUUUGAACAGUGAAAAGAAACACAAAAGAAAGAGCAAUAAUACAUUAUACAUAUACAAUUUAGCCGCGGUGCGUAUUCUGAACAGCAAUUCUUGCAGUCAGAAAGGAUUGGGGCUAUGGCGGAAGAUCUAGUGCUAGACACGGCGAUAAGAGACUGGGUGUUGAUUCCUUUGUCGGUAGUUAUGGUUCUCAUCGGAGUCCUCCGUUACUUCGUCUCCAAGCUCAUGCGUUCCUAUCCAAUCCCUGAUGCCAAGAUCGUUAAAGAAGGUCAAGUAAUUGUCAGAGCUCGGAAUUUGCGCUCUGGUGCUAAUUUCAUACCUCCAAAGUCGUUUCGUGCUCGAAGGGUUUAUUUCAGUAACGAGGAAAAUGGAUUGUUACAUGUACCGAAAGGGCAGGCGCAAAACGCACAAGCACAAAUGUUUUCUGAUCCAAAUAUGGCCAUGGAUAUGAUGAAGAAAAAUCUUUCAAUGAUUAUUCCUCAGACUCUUACUUUUGCUUGGGUCAACUUUUUCUUCUCUGGAUUUGUUGCAGCCAAGAUACCUUUUCCUCUGACUCAGAGGUUCAGAUCUAUGUUGCAAAAUGGGAUUGAUUUAAGCACUGUUGAUGUCAGUUAUGUCAGUAGUCGCUCAUGGUAUUUCCUUAAUUUGUUUGGAUUAAGGGGCUUAUUUAGUCUCAUUCUCGGUGAAGAAAAUGCUGUGGAUGACACACAACGUAUGAUGCAAAUGAGUGGGUUUGGCCUUGAUCCAACAAAGAGUUUAAGUGCUGAGAAAGACAGUCUUGACAUAGUUCAGCAUGAAUGGGCCCUACCCAAAUUUGAGCACCGGGCUGAAGCUGUAUUGAGAAAACUUGAAGUCAGAAACUGUAUGCUUCCUUCCAGUGUGCCUUUUGACCUAGUAGCAGUAAUGUCAUAUAACUUCUUAUGAUGUGGCUGCUCAUGGUACAAGAUUUCUAUCAGAACAAGGUCCAGACGUAUCUUAAGGUACUUUAUGGACAUUCCUGUCAUCUCUUGUAUUUGAUCCAUUUGAAUGUGUCUCAUUUUUUUAUAUUUCUUUUACGAUCCUCUUGCUGCUUCUUGUCGACAUAAGAUCCUUGUGUUCUAAUUUGCAAACGAUGUUGAUGAUAACCCAUGUUGAAUGGAAACAGAAAUGAAGCAAAGUGGAUAUGCAGAAACGAUAUGGAGACAACAUUUAAAAUAUAAUUUUACACGGAAACAGUGUUUUAUAUAGGAAAACAGAUACUAGAAAAGGUUUAUGUCUACGGUUUAUGUCUAGGAGUUUUAAUGCAUUAUAAAUGAUAACCAUCCACACCAAUUGAAUUUC